AUGAACAGAACCUCCUGUUAUAGAGACGACAGUCUGAUGUUGAGGCAGAUGUUGUCAAAGUCGAAGUCGAUAAGGGUUCGGAAUGGUUCGGGAAGGCCAAACCAGAACUGGACCGUUUGGGAAGAGCUAGAACUGAGAACCGUUUUCCGGUCCAGUUCUAGCUGGCGCAAGAACCAUGGACCGAACCGCGGAGAACCGGACCAAAAGUCCGGUUCGAACCAUGGUUCUGGACCGGACUGCGGCAGCACUAUCUAUGAAAUCACUCGAGAUGACAGCGAGGAAGACUUUGAAGACUUGGAAAGUGGCAUCAAUAAGGGGGCACAGCUCAGUGCCAGGUCUGCUAGUACUACUGCACAAAAUCAAGCUACUGGCGAUGAAGACAAAGACGAUAUCGAGUCCGAGAUGGAUGAGUAUGGGUAUGGGGGCCUUGACGAGGAAGAAGAGGCGACCGACGAAGAAGAUGAAGAACAAGGGGAUGGUCUUGAGGAGGCUAAUGACGAGGUCGGACUGGAGGAUGGUGAAGACGAUGCUAUGGAUGAGUAUGAAGGACUUGGCCUUGCGGCAGUAAUGAAUGUAACCAUCAGCCUGUUGCCGGCCAUGCAAGUCACCACCAGUCUGCCCACAUCCAUGCAAGUCUCCAUAACACUGGCUUGA